UAUAAGGCAAUAACAAUAAAAAACGACCUAUCGGAACGACUGAUUUAUCAGGUGGUUAAAAAGCGCGAGACUGGCAGGAGCUCCAGAAGAGACAAAGUGAUGCUUCAGCACGUUGGACAGCUUCUCUCCGGUACAGGAUUCCUCAAGAUCCUCACGUCACCUCACCACCAGUAAAUUUCCCCAAAGAUUAUAUUCGAGAAUCUGACUCCCAGGAUGCCAAGGAACCUUUCAGCGCGGGUUUCCACACCUGCGUAUCCUCUACUCAACAGCUCUGUCCUCUCUCCGUUGAACGCCACCUUUCCACGCUGGGAAGCACCAGCCUUCACUGUAGCCGCCCGCUGCCGCGUAGCUGCCACUCUGGUGCUCUUCGUCUUUGCCGCUCUCAGCAACCUGUCAGUCUUGAUCAGUGUGUGCUGGGGUCGGGGUUAUCGCCUCGCGGCACACCUGCGCCCGAUCGUCGCCAGCUUGGCGUCGGCCGAUUUGGUGAUGACGUUCGUGGUGAUGCCACUGGAUGCCGUUUGGAAUAUUACGGUGCAGUGGUAUGCUGGGGACAUCAUGUGCAAGGUGUUGUGUUUCCUGAAACUCUUUGCCAUGCAUUCGGCAGCGUUCAUACUGGUGGUGGUGAGCCUGGACCGAUAUCGUGCCAUCCUUCAUCCUCUGGAUUCCCUGGAUGCCGGGCUGAGGAAUAAACGCAUGCUGCUGGUAGCCUGGACACUGAGCUUGUUGCUGGCAUCUCCACAGCUGUUCAUCUUUCGGGCCAUUAAGGCAGAGGGAGCCGACUUCACUCAAUGUGUGACCCACGGGAGUUUCCAGCAUCGCUGGCAGGAGACGGCAUACAACAUGUUUCACUUUGUGACAUUGUAUGUCUUCCCUCUGCUUGUCAUGACCUUCUGCUACACAAGCAUCCUCACCAAGAUCACUGGGCAGAUGCGCAAGAGCAAAGAUGGUGAGCGAUGCCUGCGACGUAGUGGAAAAGACAAGAUUCCCAAAGCACGUAUGAAGACCCUCAAGAUGACCAUAGUGAUUGUCAGUUCCUUCGUCAUCUGUUGGACCCCCUACUACAUUCUGGGGAUCUGGUACUGGUUCCAGCCAGCCAUGAUCAAGCACACUCCUGAGUAUGUGCACCACAUACUGUUUGUCUUCGGCAACCUCAAUACAUGCUGCGACCCUAUCAUCUACGGCUUCUACACGACCUCCUUCCGGGCCGACCUGGCUGAUGUGGUGGCGUGCUGCCGCCACAGACGCGCCAGCAACGACUCGCCGCGCUCCGUGGAUCGCCUUUCAGCGAGGAGCGCUGGAGCUGCUGGGGAGAUGGAGUCGGACCUGAGCUCCAACCCACACAGCGGUAACCCAGGAUACGCAGAGUCUUAA